AUGCCCCCUAGGCCAAAAUCCAAAUCCAAGUCCGCCACUCCAACACCAUCCCAAGGCCUGCGGUACCCCUACACUAUUCGCCGCAUUUACUUGUGCGGCCACCCCGAGGAGUACGUCCAGAUCGAGAGAGCAUACCACACGAGGCCGCCCCGUAUCUUGCACACCCUCGUACCUCAGCCGCAAGUUGUAGCUGGAAGGUCAGUGGGGGCAUAUGGACAGACACGGAGGCAGUGUACCGCGUGUGCUUCUUCGCUUGGUCAAGGCUCUUUUUCCAGGUCGCGGGACGAGGUCGAAUGGGGAAGGAACAGGGUGAAGAACAGAUUCCUGCAUGUCUUGAUGAGAGAACGGUUCAGUGGUCAGGGAGAGCGCUCGAUACCGUGGCCAAAAGAAAAAGAACGCGGGCUCGGAAGUGAAGAGUACAGAGGCUUGCAGGACAUUUACGAAGCCAUCGGGACUGGCAGAGAUGUACGGCCGCAUAGUGCGGUGUCGUAUCAGGACCGCGUGGCGAGGAAAAUGGUGGAAGGCCCCGCACGGGAAGGUCAUGCGAAGGUGGCAUAUGUGCUGCAGACGGCGGUGCAUGCUGCGCUGGCAGAGGGGCUGGGACAUGGGAAUUUCGAGGAUACCGAGCUUGAGCGGGAGCAGCUUGUCGAGGAAAAACACGAGCUGCUUUCUCCCAAGGCGACGAAUCCGCGUUCCCUAGUAUCCACUAACGACAAACGGGCACAGAGUCCCAAGGAAGGAACGGGCUCCAAUAUGCGUGGUUCUCCAAGCAGUCCAUCCGCACCGGCACCGAUAUCACCUCGUUCUCCCCAACGAGCAACACCACGCUCUCCCACGACCAACCCACCACAGCCCCGCCGCCCACCAGCACCCCGACAACCCCGGACAUCUCCCGAGCACACCCAUCGCCCGGUCCGCCCCAAAUUACCCGCCGACUCGCAGCAGGAAAUCGCCCACCACCGCGCCCUCGCCCUCGCCGCCCUCGAAGGCCGCGUCCCCAACGUCCCCACUCCCGGCGAGCGCCACUCAGACACCACUCCCACAUCUGCCCCUCGCGUUCCAAUCCCCCGUCCCAACCCCGCCACCGUGCCCUCGUACAUCAGCCGCCAGCGCCCGUUCGGCCCGACCAGCGCCUCGGGCGGGACAACACUGAGCUAUGGGGACGGUCCGCGGAGGUACGACGGCGUUCCGAUUGCGGCGGUGAUGGAGACGUUGUAUCCCGAAAACAGGGAUGGGAAAGGCGAGGGAAGGAAGGACGGCGAGGGAGUGAGGCUUGAGAGAGGUGGUUAUGCAAGUUUUCGGAGCUUUGAGAGUCAGCGACAUCCUGGGCCUAGUGCUGGGAGUACGAGAUCGAGGGGUUCGGUGGGGAGUGCAAAGAGUCACGGUAGUGGUGGGAGGCGAAGGGGAGAUGGAGAGUCGGUUAGGAGCUUUGGGAGUAGGAAGAGCGAUGGACGACGGGGGGAUGCCAGGUCGCCUAGGAGGGGUUGGAGGCGGUGA